GGUCUUCCUCUGUCCUCCUCAUGCUCUCUGUGGUGGUUUCUGUGUUUUCUUUUGAACUUUUUCGGAUUUUGUUAAUGGACAUUUUUUAGUGUACUUGGCCGGUUUUGGUUGGACCUUUUUACUGAACAAGUUAUUCUUGGACCAUCAAGCAAUAGAGGCGGACGCAUGGGCUGGAUAUACCCCAGGUCUCAAUGGCUGAUCUCGAACUGUUUUACUAUGAUCCGCCGGGUCCCGGGGACACCUCCCUGGAUUUGAAAAAGCUCCACGAGCUCAGCAGCUGCGGCGGCGGGGGAAAGUCGCUCCAUUUCGGCGGAGGAGGAGACGCUUCAGCACCAUGGACAGGGACUCGGAGAGCCGCGUGGCUGGAGGAGGUGACAGAAACAUCCUUCACGUGCAAAAAGCAACACGAGGAAGAGGAGGAGGAGGACGUUCGGUUGAUUGAGACAAGUUCAGUAACCCGCAGACUGAGUCAGAGCUCGUCCAGUGAACUGUACGAGGAGGAGGAGGGGGAGGUGAUGGAGGAAGAAGAGGAGGAGGAGUACCCGGAACUUUACUUAUUGUCCGAUGAAGACCUCUCUUCUGACGGCUCGGGGAAGUCUGUGGAUUACGGAUUUAUCAUCGCAGUGACAUGCCUGGUGACGGGCAUCUCUCUGGUCGCCAUAUCCUACACAGUGCCCCGAGAGGUCCGAGUGGAUCCGGACAGCGUCACGGCUCGGGAGAUGGAGCGCCUGGAGAAGGAGAAAGCCCGGGUGGGAGCCCAUCUGGACCGUUGUGUGAUAGCGGGACUCUGCUUGCUGACCCUCGGGGGCGUGCUGCUCUCCACCCUGCUUAUGAUCUCCAUGUGGAAGGGGGAGAUGAUGAGGAGGAAAGCCUUCGCCUAUUCCAAACACGCAGCCAAGUUGUACGGCUCCAUCAGUCUGAGAGGAGGAUCCAGCCCCACCCGGGAGUCCUGCUCGCAUUUGUCAGCGGCUGAUGAGGAUUUAGAAGUGCUAGGCUGAAUUUAUAGACUGAGAAAAGUACUUAAGAAAUGCAAACAGUGCUCUCGUUCAAUCGAGGAUGUGUGGGGAUUUUAUGCCUUUUUCAUUUCCAGCUGCUGAGGUUGACAUGGACUUUAUAAAAGGGUGUGUUCACAUUUUUUUCAAACCUGUCUUAAUUUCUCUGCAACAUGUCCCUAUGCACAUGGAGAGAGGUUUUGUUGUCUGGUGUUGUUCCUACUGCUCACACUGGCCCUGAAGAGAUCCAGUCCUAAUCCGCUUAGGAUGUAAGUGAUUGGGUCAAAGGUCACGGUCCUGCAUUUUGAGUAAAAAAGCAGUUUGAACUUUAACUCGAUCCAAAAAUAAGGGUUUGGUAAUUCACUUUCAUUGAUUAAACAUUAAAGUAAGACAUUUAACUGCCCUAUUGGAGGCCUGUUGCUUCAAGUCAUAGGUAGACAGUGAAAUACAAUCCAUAAAGUCCACACUGAGAAUGAUACAUUUAGAGGUUUGUAAGAUGUCUUGCACAAGCUCUAUAAUACUCUUUAAAUAAACAAGCUUUAUUCCUAAA